AUGUGGUUUUCCCUCCAACUUUUUCGAAUUCCUGGGCAAUCUCCUGGUGGAGCUGUUUCAUGGAUAAGCGAAGCACUCACGUCGUCCCUAGAACUUGGGUCAACUAAACUCAGUGAGAGAGACUACAGAGGGGACAGACCAUGUAUAGGAAAACCCUUGGUUGCACAGCGUAUAGACCUCUAUUGCACGACGAGUUUCUUGGGUAUUGCCAAGCCUAGUCCAGGUCAGAAUUGGGACAAUGAAUAA